UUGGACUAGAAAUUUCCGAAAGCAAAGGAGUCCGAAUCCCAGCAGCCAACUCUCACAUAAACCCAACAAUUCUUUUCCCAUUCGCUAUCAACAUUUCAUCACUCACAUCCAACAAACUCUAUCUCUAUUCUCUCUCUCUCUCUCUCUCUCUCUCAAUCUCUCUGCCGCUUUUGCAAAGCUCCAUCUUAGACCUGGUCUUCAUCAAAAACGACCUUCCUACUUCUAUUACCUUCUUCUCCAACUUCAUUGGUCGAUUUCCACGCAACAAAUCUUGUUCUUUUUUUGUUUUUGGCCCGUUGUGGAGUGUUAGCAAUACCCAAAUCUGAUUCUUUUUUAUCAACAUAAGGCAAUGGAUUUUCAGCAGACAUUUCUCCUGUUGGUGAUGUAUAAUCAGUCGAAUAGUUAAAAAAGGGUUGGUUUUUGUGUGUAUAUUUUGUGCUUUGAGAGAGAGUAUUGGCUAUGGAAUUUCAAGAGGGUUUGAUGAAGUUGACGGUCCAUAAACCUUUGGAAAAGCAAUGGGUAUUCUUCAGAGACACAGAAACAGAGAAAGUAGUGACUCAGAUUGAUUCUCCCAAACGCAGAUGGAAGCUCUUCCACAGGUCAUCAUCGUCUACCCUUUCAUCAAAAUCCUCCCAGCCCCCGAGGGAGUUUCUAUGUCCUAUCACUGGGUCUUUAAUGGCCGAACCAGUCAUCGUCUCCUCUGGUCACACCUUCGAAAGCGCCUGCGUUCAAGUUUGCAAAGCUUUGAACUUUAUACCCACUCUUACUGACAAUUCUACGCCCGAUUUCUCCUCUGUAAUUCCGAACCUCGCACUCAAAUCCACCAUUCUCAGCUGGUGCAAGAAUUCUUCUAUUGAUCCUCCAAAACCACUCGAUUCCAAAUCGGCCGAGAAGCUCGUCCGUACGUUCAUGGCGUCCCAGGCCCAAAAAUCAAACACCCAGAAUAAUAAUAAUAAUAAUAAUAAUAAUAAAGAACCACCAGGCAAUGUGGUCGUUAUCUCAGAAAAGGAGCUACUGGAGAGGGUCAAAGAAAAUCCUCCAUUGAAUUUGAACCACGCAUCGACCGAGGUUACUCGCCGAUCGAAUCAUUUCUACCCGAGCUCCGACGAAUCGAUAGGAACGAGAAAUUCGAUGCUUCCUCUACCACUGGCAACUCGACCUAGUUGCUGCUCUUCGUCAUCUUCGUCUUCUUCGUCCGCAGAAAUCGAAAUCCAAAACCCUAAUUCAUCCAACGAGGAAGAGGAAAUGUUGACGAAGUUCAGAAGUCCUCAAGUGUUUGAAGUCGAAGAGGCUCUGAUACGGCUGAGAAAGAUUACGCGGACCAGCGAGGAAGCUAGGGCCCAGCUCUGUACCCAACGCUUGCUUUUGACUCUUAAAUCUUUGAUCCUCUCCAGGUACACAGGGAUUCAGGUGAACUCGCUCGCAGCUUUGGUUAAUCUCUCACUCCAGAAAUCAAACAAGGUUAAUAUCGUACGGUCAGGAAUUGUUCCCCAUCUUGUUGAUGCUCUCAAGGGAGGAUCCCCUGAGGCGCAGGAGCACGCUUCCGGUGCACUCUUCAGCUUAGCACUCAAUGACGACAGCAAGACCGCCAUUGGAGUUUUGGGUGCUUUGCCACCUUUGCUUCACUUGCUCCGAUCCAAUAGUGAGCGGACUCGGCAUGACUCGGCACUCGCUUUGUACCAUCUCACACUUGUUCGGAGCAACCGGUCCAAGUUGGUGAAAGACGGUUCGAUUCCUGUUCUAUUGGGCAUGGUGAGGUCGGGUCACAUGGCGGAUCGGAUACUGCUGAUAUUGUGUAACUUGGGUAGCAGUUUGGAGGGGCGGGUCGCGCUGUUGGAUGCGGGUGCGGUGGAUUGUUUAGUGAACAUGUUGAGGGGCGAGUCGUGCAGUGAGUCAACUCGGGAGAGCUGUGUUGCCGCGUUGUACUCGCUGAGUUUUGGGGGUUUGAGGUUUAAAGGAUUGGCAAAGGCUGCUGGGGCAAUGGAGGUGUUGAGGAAGGUGGAGAGAGGAGGUAGUGAACGGUCAAGAGAGAAGGCCAGGAAGAUUAUAGAGGUGAUGAAAGCAAGAGAGAAAGAAGAAGAGGAAGAGGUGGAUUGGGAGGCGCUGCUUGAAUCAGGGUUGGGAUUGGGGAGUCAGAGUCGACACCGACUCGGUGAUGGAUUGGAUGGGUCAAAAGCUAACUCGUCCGAGUUUUGAGUUUAGUGGAGUAUAGUGGAUUUGGAGUUUUCUUUUUAUUUAUUUUUGUGGGCUUUUUGCUUAUUUGGGUUCGGGUUGGUAUUGAUGGAGAUGUUGGUUAUAUAUAUGUUUUACAAAAUGGGUUUUUGUUAUUUGCUCUCCAUGAGUUUUUCAACCAUCUGCACAGAAGAUGUGGGAAGUGAAGUGUAAAUAAAAGGGCUGUUUCAGAAAGGUGGUUCUGGAAAAGCAUUGUUUUAUUUCUUAACAUUGUGUUUUUUUUACACGAACUAGGUAGUAAAUUUAGACCCAAUUUGAGGUGGUCUUUACCCUUCUUUGGGCAUAAUUAUUUCUGCUUACCAUGAGGAUGAUUAAGUGUAUGGAGUUUCUGUUUUGUUA